AUGGAACAAGAAGCUGUCGAAUUCAUCCGUGAUGUCGAAAAGGUCUUCUUACCCGACAAUGAUCUCGAUGAAAGAUACGCACGAUUCAUCUCCGGUCUCAACAUGCUUCGAGAUCAACAACGUCACUCUGCCGAAAAACUAAUCGACAUGCUGACUCUAUUAUUAGAAGACCAUCAAAAUCUACUCUCACGGUUCAAGAGAUUUCUCCCUCAAACCCUAAACCCGGAACUUCGUCCCAAUCACGAUUCCGGUUAUAACCAGCAACAAGAUCCACAAGCGGAAGAAAAAUGCAGGGAGUUUUUUAAUAAAAUCAAGGAGCGAUUCGCGGAUAACGCGAGAGUUUACGAGGAUUUAUUGGAUAUACUGGCCUCGUACCAUUCUAACCAAGAAUCGACGACGGUAAGCGAAGCUUAUAAGAAGAUUUGCCGUUUAUUCCACGGCCACAUUGACCUAGUUCAUCAGUUCGAGUCGUUCUUGAACCAAAACACCGAUCAAAUAGACCGAUGGAUUGUCGACACACUUAGGUCUUCGGCCAAAGCACAUUGGUUGAAGAAGUUUGAUAUGUUGUUGGGAGAUUUAAGAUAUUCGAUCGAAACGAUAAAGUUCUGGCCGGAAGGGUUGACGGAAGUUCAGAUGAGAUGCAUUGAGGAAUUGUAUUUUGCUGAGCACAAGGGCGAUGAGAGACUGAAGAUGGAGUUGAGACAAGAUUUGGUGAAGAGAAUACAGGUGGAUCCGAGAGGGGUUUCUAAUGUUGUUUUACCUCGUUUGGUGCAAAAAGAGAAAGAUCUUGUUAAAGAUCGGGCUGAAGUUGAGAGAGAAGAAAAGAAGAGAAGGGCUGCUGAAGUGGAAUUACCAACGAGGAUGACAUGUAAACUUCAGUCUCCUCUUGUUCCUUUCCAUUUUAAUCUCACAUCUCUUACUUCGCUCGACGUCGGGCUGAAUACUCUUCAUUAUUCUUCCUCACUUUUCACGUUCUUCAAUCAUCUUGCCGAUAAGCUUCAAGUCCUCAAACUUGGUUCCAAUAACUUCGAAGGCCCGAUUCCUUUCUUAUUACGAAAAUUCAGAUCAUUAACGGUCCUUGACCUUUCUGGGAACGCUUUUGAUUCUUCAAUCCUGUUAAAUUUGCUGUGUAAUCAUACUUGUCUUGGCUUUGUGGAUCUAAGUUUCAACAAACUUGAAGGAUCACUUCCUGUUUGCCUUGGGAACUUGACUUCUCUUAAAGUAUUAAAUCUGAGAUCCAACAAAUUUGGAGGAAAGAUACCCAGUGAGUUGGGUCAUCUCAAACAACUCACUCAUCUCGACUUGUCUGAUAAUUCUUUCAACUCUUCCAUUCCCUCAAGUUUUGGAGGACUUACGGAGCUAGAAUCAUUAGCUCUUGCGUCUAAUCAGUGGUAUGGUACAAUACCGGAAUGGAUUGGUGAGCUAUCACAAUUACGGGAGCUUUAUUUGUUCUCGAACAAUUUCCACGGCAUGCUUCCUUCAUCCUUAAAGAACGUGAAAAAUCUAACAUUUCUUUAUCUCAGUGAUAAUCAAUUCAAUGGCACCAUACCGGAAUGGAUCGGCGAAGAGUUAUCACAACUACGGGAGCUUGCUUUGGACUUGAACAAUUUCCACGGCAUGCUUCCUUCAUCCUUAAAGAACGUGAAAAAUCUAGCAUCUCUUUCUCUCAGUGAUAACCAAUUCAAUGGCACCAUACCGGAAUGGAUCGGCGAAGAGUUAUCACAAGUACGGGAGCUUACUUUGGACUCGAACAAUUUCCACGGCAUGCUUCCUUCAUCCUUAAAGAACGUGAAAAAUCUAGCAUUUCUUUCUCUCAGUGAUAACCAAUUCAAUGGCACCAUACCGGAAUGGAUCGGCGAAGAGUUAUCACAAUUACAAAUUCUUCACCUUGGGUCAAAUAAUUUCUCUGGCGUGAUCCCUUCAUCCAUGAAGAAGUUGGGACAGUUACAGCUACUUAAUCUUAGUGAGAAUCACUUUACGGGCUCCUUAACAGAAUGGAUUGGGGGAGAGUUAUCAGCUUUAAAUGAGCUCUAUCUGCAAUCAAACAACUUCUCUGGUAAUAUUCCCAUUCAACUCUGCCAGUUGCCAAACCUUUCGAGAUUAAAAUUGGCAAAUAACAAUUUCACCGGACACAUUCCAGAUUGCUUUGGUCUUUAG